GGGUGGGGAAGGGGAUGGAUUUGUGGUGCUAUGGGGGGAAGGGUUGUGUGAAACUCGGUGAUGCGGGUUUUGCUGCUGGUAGUUGACGAUUGGUGUAUGCUCGCUCCUACGGCUUUGGGACGAUGUGCUGGCGCAUCGCAGGUGGCGCGGUGUCUACUAUAGAACGGGAUGAUGUAUGCCCGUCCGUCUGCUCAGUACAAUCGCUUUCUCCAGCGCUUGUGCCGUUGCUACCUUGCAAGAAUCCAAAUUGGAAUGGCGCAAAUCACGCUCAACCACGACGACCGUUACUCGACAGGGAGAUGUGCGGAAUCGAACCGAACAAAACAUCAAAUUUCCAUGGAGAUCCACACCCAUAUCUCAAUUACGAACACCUUCUACACAAUUCACUAUCCACAAAACUCACAUCAUGUAAACCAAUCAAUUCAGCCACCAGCAACAAAGUCUGGAUCGAUCAAAAACCACCCCAAAUUUUCAUGACAUAUAAUAUCCUAGCUAGCGAGCGUAUAUACAUCCAAAACAUGACGAUUACAAAAUAUGUUAACAAGAAGAAUGACUUCCACAUCCAACAAAUGCCACCAAUUCCAUGCAUGCAUGCAGAUGUGAAGGAUGCGAGAAAGAAUGCAAAAGUAAAAACGAAAACGAGGGUAUAUGGAAAGCCAAGGGUAUCUCGUAGUAUAGGCUUUGAUCUUGAGCGAAUAGUGAGGAAAAGCGAAUGCAAGUGUGUAGCCUCAAAAGGAGGUACAAUGCUAAAAUAAAAUAAAAGGAACAAAUCGAAGAUGUGAAAAGAGCAAACGUAU